UGUGAGCGGGGCCGGGCCGGGAGAGCCGCUCUGUGCCCCCGCAGCGAUGGGCACGGUGCUGCCGAGCGGGCUGGCCCUGGCCCUGGCCCUGGCGCUGGCGCUGCCCUCCCUGGCUCUGGAGAACGGGCUGGCGCGCACCCCCCCCAUGGGCUGGAUGUCCUGGGAGAGGUUCCGCUGCGACGUGGACUGCCAGGCGGAUCCCCGCAACUGCAUCAGUGAGCAGCUCUUCAUGGAGAUGGCAGACCGGCUGGCAGAGGAUGGCUGGAGGGAGCUGGGCUACGAGUACGUCAACAUUGAUGACUGCUGGUCUGCCAAGCAGCGGGAUGCGGCCGGGCAGCUGGCUCCCGACCCCAAGAGAUUUCCCAGUGGAAUUAAGGCUUUGGCUGACUAUGUCCAUGCCAGGGGCCUGAAGCUGGGCAUUUAUGCUGACCUGGGCGUCUUCACCUGUGGGGGCUACCCAGGCACCAUGUUGGAACAUGUGAAGCAGGAUGCCCAGACCUUUGCAGCGUGGGGGGUGGACAUGCUGAAGCUGGAUGGGUGCUACUCGUCUGCAGAGGAGCAGGCAAAAGGAUACCCAGAAAUGGCAAGGGCCUUGAACGCCACAGGCCGCCCCAUUGUCUACUCCUGCAGCUGGCCAGCAUAUCAGGGGGGUCUUCCACCCAAGGUGAACUACACCAUCCUGGCAGAGAUCUGCAACCUGUGGCGUAACUAUGAUGACAUCCAGGACUCCUGGGACAGCGUGCUUUCCAUCGUGGACUGGUUCUUCACAAACCAGGACGUGCUGCAGCCGGCAGCUGGCCCCGGGCACUGGAACGACCCGGACAUGCUCAUCAUUGGGAACUUUGGCCUUAGCUACGAGCAGUCACGCUCCCAAAUGGCUCUGUGGACAGUGAUGGCAGCUCCGCUCCUCAUGUCCACGGAUCUCCGCACCAUCUCUCCCAGUGCCAAGGAGAUCCUGCAGAACCGCCUGAUGAUCCAGAUCAACCAGGACCCCCUGGGAAUCCAGGGGCGCAGGAUUGUCAAGGAGAAAUCCCACAUCGAGGUGUUUCUGCGCCCACUGUCCCAGGCUGCCAGCGCCCUUGUGUUCUUCAGCCGGAGGACAGACAUGCCCUUCCGCUACACCACCAGCCUGGCUAAGCUCCACUUCCCUGAGGAUGCUGUCUAUGAGGUACAAGACGUGUACGUUGGGAAGAUCGUCGGGGCCUUAAAGACAGCAGACAACUUCACAGUGGUUAUUAACCCCUCGGGGGUGGUGGUGUGGUAUCUCCGUCCCGUGGCACUCCCGCUACAACCCUGGCAUGUUGUCAGACAGCAAGCCCCUGGCAAGGGUUUCCACCCAGCCCUUCUGUGACAGGGCCCAGUGGAUGGGGUGUGGACCAGUGCCAGGGUGAGCUGUGAGCCCCCAGGGCACGUGGCUCUUCGCUGCACAAGUGCCUUUUGCUGGUGAGCUCAGCAACGCUGGGCAGUGACCAUCCCCCGGUACCAGCUGGAUCAUGUCUGCUCUAUCUGCGUGAAUCAGGAAUUCUUGUUGCCCACUGCCUAAGGGUAUGCAGAGCGUAGUGCCCCGGUGAUUGCAAAGCCUUUUGAGAUCCUCCUGUGGAAGAUGCCACACAAGUAGAGUCCAGCCACUACUGAAGUUUGUCAGCUCUGACACCUGGGAACUUCAUUGCUUUGAGCUGGGUACUACUGGCUGCUGCAGGGGCUGUUUGAACUACACCAGUAGAAAGGCUUUGGGUGCUUUAGUAUCUCCUAGGGUUGUCACAUCCCCUUUUCCUUUUUCCCCUCAGCCUCACCCCCCAAGUGUGUGAUGGUGGUACACACCAAAAACUGCAGAGCCAUAGCAUGCUGUGUAGGAGUGCUGGCAGGAAGAUGCUGAUACUCAGUUCAUGUGGUCUUUUGGGUUGGGAGUUGAUCACAGGUGCCUCCAAGCUGAAAGUUGCAUCCUUCUUUCUCUAGAAGGAAAUUUCUGCUAAAAGGAGGAUCAGAUCCUAUUCCAGCAGGCUGAAAACUUGGGGUUUCUCAGGGAAAGGCUUCUUCUCCCAGGGGCCCUUGCAUCCACAGCUCUGUCCUGAGGAGAAGCCUGCACUAGUAAAUUGAAGUGAGUGUCAGGAUACUCUAAAGCCCUCAACUGCUUCAGCUCCAUACAGCAGACAACCUAUGGAAGAGUUCUAGGUGACACAAGAUUAAGCCUCAGACUGGGGAAGUACCACAUUUUAGAUUAAGAAAA